GGAGCCUCAGGUGGACAGACGGGAGGUCAGUGAGGGACAGAGCCUCAGGCAGACAGACAGGAUGCAGAACGCAGUGAGUCUGGUUUCUGUGCUGGUCCUGGGGUCCAUCUGGACCCUGCAGGGGGUCCACACACUCCCAGCAACUCCCCCCCUCCCACAGGAGGACUUCCAUCUGGACCAGUUCAUGGGGCGCUGGUUCGAGGUGGCGGUGGUCUCCACCUGUCCCUACUACAUGCAGCGGAAGAGGGGGAACCCUGUCGUCCUGGCACUGCAGCUGCAACGUGUUGCUUCUCAGGGCAACUUCACAAUGACGGCAACUUCUGUCAGGAAUGGCUCGUGUCAGCAGAAGUCCACAGUUUACCAUUUGACCGACACUUCAGGACGAUUCUUCCACCGUAAUUUCAGGUUUGAUGCUGAUGUAGAUUCCUUCGUGGUUGAAACCAACUACGAUGAGUUCGCGUUGAUGUUUCUGCUGAGCACAGAGAAACCAUCGGGAAAUGAAACCACCAUCAUCAAACUUUACAGUCGGACUGUGGAUGUGACUCCUGCCGUGCGCCUCAACUACAAAACAUUGGUGAGACGACAUGGACUGAGUGAUGAGGCCAUCAUCAAGAAUCACAAAAAAGAUGAGUGUGCUCCACGUGCGCGGGAGCCAGAGCCCACUACUGAGCAUCAGAUUUCUGCUCCCAAGAAGUCCAAGAGAAAUGUGGUGUCGCCUGUGGACUCUCAUUAUAUCUGAACAUCGGAGAGAACCUUUUAUUUUUAUUUUAGAAAACAAAUUCUGAUAAUGUACAACUAUGGAGAGAGGCAUGGUGACUGUCUGUAUUAUUGUUUUUACGUUAAAAAAAGUGUAAAAUAUAACACAUUGCAUUUCUGUGGAAUUUGAGCACAUUAAUAAAUGUUUGUUAAGUGAUACAAGAUGAGAAGUCUCGUCGACAGACUGAGGAGGACGAUCAUCACACGAUCCUGAGGUCACACGAUCAAUGACUCAUCAAAUCAAAUCAACUGAGCAAGAAAAACAAUUUCCUUAAUUGAUUAAACAUCUUUAUUCCAGAUUUCUUAUGGAUACAAAACGUUGGGUUUGUUAAAAUGAAUCUGUGAUGUAGCUGCUUUGCCAAAAAGGUGAUUCCGUUGAGUGCAACUGACCUUUCAGAUAAUACUGAAAAUGAAAUAAAUAAAAAACUACUGGAACAUCCCAUAGAACUAUUCAUGCCUUUCUGCUGUGUAUUUUGACAUCAUGCCAUGCCACUUUGUAAGUAUGUAUUCUAAAUAAAAGAACUGAAUUGAA